GGAGCCGCGCCGCACUGGGAACCGUCUGCAGAGUCAGGAGCUCCCCCGCCCCCGAAUUCCCCAGGCCUGCGUGGCCGCGGCAGCCCAAGCCGGUCAGCGAGGAAAGAUGGCCGCCCUGACGACGGUCGUGGUGGCGGCGGCGGCCACCGCUGUAGCCGGGGCUGUGGCGGGGGCGGGCGCGACCCCCGGGACCGGCGUGGGAGCAGCGCCUGUGCCGCAACAGAGUGAUGGAUGUUUUGGUACUUCAGGUGGAAUUCGUCCUUUUCAGCUUCAAAACUGGAAGCAGAAAGUUAGUCGGACUAAGAAAGCAGAAUUUAUACGUACAGCAGAAAAAUUUAAAAAUCAAGUUAUUAACAUAGAAAAAGAUAAACACAGUCAUUUCUACAACCAAAAGAGUGACUUCAGAAUUGAGCAUGGUAUGCUGGAAGAAUUGGAAAAUAAGUUGAUUAACAGCAGGAAAGCAGAAAGAGCAAAAAUCCAGCAACAAUUGGCCAAAAUACAUAACAAUGUAAAGAAACUUCAGCAUCAGUUAAAAGAUGUGAAGCCUACACCUGAUUUUGUUGAAAAGCUCAGAGAAAUGAUGGAAGAAAUUGAAAAUGCAAUUAACACUUUUAAGGAAGAGCAGAGGUUGAUAUAUGAAGAGCUCAUUAAAGAAGAAAAAACAACUGAUAAUGAGUUGAGUGCCAUAUCAAGAAAAAUUGACACAUGGGCUAUGGGUAAUUCAGAGACAGAGAAAGCUUUCAGAGCAACGUCAAGCAAAGUUCCUGCAGACAAAGUAACACCAAGUACUCUUCCAGAAGAAGUGGUAGAUUUUGAAAAAUUCCUCCAGCAAACAGGAGGGCGGCAAGGGGGCUGGGAUGAUUAUGAUCACCAGAACUUUGUAAAGGUGAGAAACAAACAUAAAGGGAAGCCAACAUUUAUGGGAGAAGUUCUGGAACACCUUCCUGGAAGAACACAGGAUGAAGUUCAACAGCAUGAGAAAUGGUAUCAAAAAUUUCUGGCCCUAGAAGAAAGAAAAAAAGAGUCUAUUCAGAAUUGGAAAACCAAAAAGCAGCAAAAAAAGGAGGAAAUUUUCAAGUUAAAAGAAAAGGCAGAGAACAUACCUAUGCUUUUUCAUAAUAAACAAGAAAAUAAUCAAAAGCAAAAAGAAGAACAAAGAAAGAAGCAGAAAUUGGCAGUUGAAGCUUGGAAAAAACAGAAAAGUAUAGAAAUGUCAAUGAAAUAUGCUUCCCAGUUAAAAGAAGAGGAAGAGAAAGAGAAGAAGCAGCAGAAAGAGCGCCAGCGCCAGUUUAAGCUAAAAUUACUACUAGAAAGUUACACCCAGCAGAAGAAAGAACAGGAAGAAUUUUUGAGACUUGAAAAGGAGAUAAGGGAAAAGACAGAAAAGGCAGAAAAAAGGAAAACUGCUGCUGAGGAAAUUUCCAGGUUUCAAGAAAGAGAUUUACAUAAACUUGAAUUGAAAAUUCUGGAUAGACAGUCAAAGGAAGAUGAAAAGGCAGAAAAACAAAGAAGACUGGCAAAAUUAAAGGAAAAGGUUGAAAACAAUGUCAGUAGAGAUCCCUCUAGACUUUACAGACCUACCAAAGGUUGGGAAGAACGGACCAAAAAGAUAGGACCAACAGGCUCUGGGCCACUUCUGCAUAUCCCACAUAGGGCUAUUCCAACCUGGAGACAAGGAGUUUAAAAAGAAUACGAGAUAAUGAAAUUGGUGUUCAGUUGAUAAGAAUGUUAGCAUGUUCAGUUAUACCUGGAGAGAGUAACUAACCAUGUUCUUUAGCUGUCACUAGCCUCCAGACUGAUUAUUGUGUUCUGUGUGAAUUGACAGAUAUCAAGGUCCAUGCAGUAUUGUCAUUAGUAUUUCCUGUUUAUACUAAGAGGGUACUUAAUGUGUAUGUUGGCCUAUUAUUGAUGUAAAAGUUUUUUGAAUAAGUUUAUGUUACAAACAUUAUUUUAUUUAAAUACUCAGAACAUUUUAAAGAUACUUUGUUUUUGUCAUAGCAUAGCAAAAUAAAUUGGGACAAUGAUAAAGUACCAUUUUUUAAACCAAAAUUUUGUAACAAUUAUAACUUGGAGGUAAAUUAGUUUGAGUAACAAAAGUGUGAAGUUUCUUUUUGAGUUAUGAAAUACGUUAGUACUUUUUCUAAGUUAACCAAUUGGUCAUUUGUCAGUUACUACAUUUUUGUGUAAUAAAUAUUUUCUAUUUGUUUGAAGCAUGCUUUGUUUUAUAUAGAGAAUAUUUAUUUUACAAAUAUGCUUCUCACCUCAUAUACACUCUAUAAUUUGUUGUAUUGAUAGAAUCUUUUUGGUUUCCUUUAGCUAUUUCAAACUUCCCUUCAGGCCUUCUGGAUUUCACACAUUUAUAAAAUCUUUGUGUCUUUCACAUCUUCCUGGCUGAUGCAGUUUUCUUUUCUGCUUCUGUUUGCCUCAAAAUAUGAAAAUUCUCUGUUCUGAAACAUCAUCUGAAAUGAGUUAGCUUUUGAAUACUAUGAUUUCUCUUGGUGGCAUUUAAAAUGUUUUAACAUUGCUAGACUAAUAUAUUUGGUCAAAAGAGUUAAUUUUUAAAUUUCUAAACUUUUGUACAUGAAAACACAAUUUAACUUAAUUUGACUCAACUUUUUAUAUUAUAAAAUCUUAGUUCCUAAAUUUAAUUAGUUCCCAACUUGUAGGAAAUAUACCAUAUAUACAAUAAAUAUAGGAAGCUUAUUUCUUAUAACAUUUUAGAGUAUCUUUAAUUGUAAUUUGAUCCAUUUAGGUCAAAUGACUCAGUCAGAAAUUUACUAUAAGUAAUGGUCAAAAUCUUUUCUUAUUUCACAGUUAAUAUUCGAAGUAGAUGGCUUCCAAAUUUUGGAAACUGAAUUCUGAUUGUACAAUUAUUGGUACAAAAUGAGGGAAUUAACAUAAAACGUCCUUAAUCAGGAAUGCCCAUUUUAUUUGUAGUGCUUGUUCUCCAUAACUUUGUUAAAUGAUAUGAGGCAGUUUAGAAAUAAAAUAGAGAGCAGGACAAGGGAUUUAAAACACAGCUGAACUGCUGCAAGAUACAGAAAAGUAAAGAUUUCUCAUCUGUGGCUUUCUAACAUGUUUUUUAUUGUUGUUGCACACACAUGCAGCUUUCAAUGUCCUGCAUUUAAGGUAAGUUUACUGGGUGAUGUGAUUCU